UUAUAAAAGUUUGCAAACAGGUAAUUUUUCUCCUUCACUGAUGUGCGUUGAGGCAGCAUUGAUGGACACUAAUGAGGCUGCAGUGAUGGACACUGAUAGGUGGCACUGGUGGGCACUGAAAGGCAGCACUCAUAUGGCACUGAUAGGCAGCACUGAAAUUCAGCACAGAAGGGCACUGAUAUGUGGCAUGGAUGUGAACUGGUAGGCACUGAUGGGCACUGGCAGGUGGCAUUGAUGAGCACUGAUAGGUGGCAGUGCUGGGGCUCCACUUAUCAGGGCACACUGAUCAUCAG